AUGGAAGUCUCCUAUACCCUUCCCCCUGCGAUCCAGUCUAUCCAAGCCAGCUACAUUUCGUCCUCCCAAAGUGCUGCAGCAGUCUCUGCCCUAAUUGCUGCCACAGACGCUCAGCUGCUCGGGUUCAUGAAAGGUAUCAAGCUGACGGACCCAACAGAGCCUUUCAGCAUGCACCCCGGAGUCUACAACGCGAUGCUGGGUUUGAACUACGCCGGUCUCUUCCUGUGCAUCAGCGCCACCAUAUCUCAGCUCAUCAUGACGGAGAUCUUCGGCGAACUCCCUCUCAACGCUGCUCGGAAGAGUGUGGGUGAAGGGCAGUUCAAGAGCAUGCAUCGGAAUGGAGCGAUUUCGUCCAGCCUGUCUGAUUUGCUGGUCAGGUACGGUGCGAGGCCAGGAUUUCAUUGGGUUUCGUGGCACUGUGAGUUCCACCUUGAUAUCACCGCGCGCCGAAGCUUGAACAUAUUCCUCACCUCGGGCCUUUCACCGACAGGGUUCCUCUCCCUUUUCAUUGGUAUUUUUGUAUCAGUCUUGAGCGUGUUGCUCUAUAUCAUGGUGGAAGAACCGAUGCCUACUAAGAUUAUAAUGGGUUUUCUGGUCGUGUACUCCUUCAUACCUUUCCUUCACUAUUUCUCUUGA